AUGAUCGCUCUGCUCGCUCUUCUCGUCCUUGCGUGCUCUUGCACGCUGUCUUGCUUCGAGUACGUUUCGACAUCCGGCUUGGUAGAGUCUAUCUCUGUCAAGUCGGUCAUUGUCGCUCGGCUCAUUCCCGCACGAUCUGGCUGGUCGUCUGCUCCUAUCAUUCUUGAUCACGCCACCACACCUUCAUUCGACACGCUGACAUGUCUUGCACUUCGCCCGUUGGCCUCGCUCGUGCCCGCCAUCGAUCAUCACAGCCUACAAGAUCUUCACUCUGCCCUGCCAGUCUCGCAACUCCAUGAUGCCGUAUUAUUCGGCCAUCUCGGGACUGUGCACCGCAGCUCUGUCGACAUCGAUGUUGCCCCUUCACCUCCACCUGCACCUGCCAUGCACCUGCCAAGCUUGCCUACACCGACCUCUGCCCCCAAGGUCACCGCCGUGCAUUAUACAGGCGCCAGCAAGCCUACGACAGACCAAGCCUCUCCCUCUAUGGCAUCUCGUCAAAUGGCUCGCGGGCUCAUCCGUCUCUUCGUCACCACGCUAGUCGAGUUCGCCAGACUGCCAUGCCGCAUCAUCCUUACUAUCAGCUGGCAUGUCAUGGUCAUUCUCAGAGCGUCCAUCUGGCCACAAGGCCUCGCAGUGGCUUCAAAGCAGUUGCUGGCUGUUGAGAUUACUCCGGCACCUUCUGCUAGCCUGUCGUCACGCUCUGCUCCGCAUCUGCAGACCUUGCUCUGCUGUCUCGUCGCCGCCUUCCUGGCGGGCUGUCUCUCCUUCCAGCCUUAUUGGCGCUCGAUGAUCCUAUCGAGUAUCUACGACAGCUUAGGUCUGCGCGUCGAUCAUGGCGCACAGAUCAACGACGAGGCGAGCCUGACGACCCUGCAAGACGAAGACGACGGACAUCGGGCGGAUUUGCAAGACAUGUCAAUUCCCUCGGCGACUUCUCGCCGCAAGCGCAGAGCAAAGCAAAGCAAGAGUCAGUGCCUCUCUGGACAUCUACCCUCCCUUGCUGACUUCGCCCUUGCAGAAAUCGUCGUAUACGAUCGCAGCGCCCAAGGCAGAGAACUCUCGAUGUCUGAAGCGCUCGACCUGUUCCUCCUUGCCUGGGAAGAGUCCUGGCGAAGAUUCGAUCUCGACAAUCCCCAGGAGGAGGAGGAGGACGACGACGUUCUGCCGAGAAGCAAGAGCAUCCUGCCUUAA